AUGGCUGCUUCGACAAAACAUCGCAAAUUUGACGAAGAAGAGGAGGCUUUGAAAGACGUUCCUGCGGAUAUUCCAGAGAAUAACUUAGAAGAAGAUAGUUCAGAUGAGGACAGUGCUAGUGAUGAUGAAGCCCCAGAAGAAGAAGGCGUCUCUGGCGCCAAAACUUACGUCGAAAAACAAGAAUCUGUGAGACGAAAAGCGGCUGAACGGGAGCAGGAGCUAAUAAAAGAAAAAAGACGGAAACAAAAUCAGAAGUUUGCAGAACAACAAGAUCAAAAACGUACAAAAGAAAUGCAAGAGUUUGAAUCACAGCUUAAAUUGCGUGAGCUAGACAACGUACAGGGAAGUGAUGAGGAGUCGCUCCCAGAAGAAUUGCCCGAAGACUUCUUUGAAAAUUUAGAUGAGCAAGAUACCAAUCAAAUUACCACGAAGCCAUCGCACGUUAAUUUUAAUGACAUUGACGAAAACUACACAGCAGAGAUCAAAGAAGAACUUAAGAAGCAGAAGAAAAAGACAUUGCGCCAACUGCGUAAAACAAAUGUGAAAAGAGGUCCCGUCAGGGUUAAUCUACUUGCGUCCGUCGUUACCAGCAGGUCUUCGGCGCCUCAAAAAGAUGGUACUGUGUUGAACAAAAAGGACAAGUGGCUCAAAAGAAAGUCCUUGGCCCGUAAGUGA